AUGUGGGAUUCAAAGACUGGCCAUCAGAUCGGAAAGGCCCUGGAAGGAAACACAGACACAGUCUUCUCUUUAGCCAUCUCUCCCGAAGGAACGCGCCUCGUCAGUGGAGACGACGACGAUACCGUCACGGUAUGGGACGUCACGACCCACGACAUAGUGUUGGGCCCACUUGAAGGGCACUCAGCUCGCGUAUGGGCUGUGCGAUACUCUCCGCUGGGCGAUCUUAUUGCAAGCGGGUCGCGGGACCAUACCGUUCGACUCUGGAACGCAGAGUCGGGAGAGUGUGUUGGGACGCUGAAGCACCCACAUAUUGUCACCGGUCUCUCGUUUGCACCCAGCGGCAAGCACGUCGCAACUACUUGCAGCGACGGCCUCGUCCGUAUCUGGGACCUGAAGGAGAUGAAGCCUGCGUUGGAGCCUCUCGCUGGACACAUAGGGUCUGUGUGGUCUGUCAUUUACUCUGAGGAUGGAGAGAUGCUGGCGAGCGGAGGAAGGGACUGUACAAUCCGCAUCUGGAACGCUCAUACUGGCACCCUUGUUCUCGGACCUCUGAAAGGACAUACACUUCCUGUCAGAGGUAUCUGUUUCUCUCCUGACGGCCAAAAGCUCGUGAGCGCUUCGGACGACAGAAGUGUGCGUGCAUGGGAUCUCUCAACUGGAAGGUACUUCUGGGGGCCCAUUUACAGCAAGGUCUGCCUGUGGAGUGUCUCCAUGUCCCCUGAUGGACUGCGUGUUGUGCUUGGCGGGAGUAAAGGCAAACUGUUUGUCCGCGACGCACUUUCAGGAGAGCUUAUCCUUCCUAAGGGUGACGACUAUAAGCCUAAGAGAGGAGAGCUAUUGACUACGGUGUACGGAGUCCGUGCACUGGCGUGGUAUCCCGAUGGCAAGAGGUUUGCAACAGCAGGUGACGACCUCCUAGUCAAAACCUGGAAUAUCACAAGCCCUGAACACGGAUUCGAGUUGCAAGACCCCUUCGUCAACCACCUAGAUACUAUCACUUCCAUUGCCAUCUCCUGCGAUGGCUCGACCUUGGUCUCCGCUGCCACCACGGUCUGCGUCUGGAAGACGGACUCCGGAGAGCUCGCCAUGCCUCCUAUCGAGCGUCACACCGAAACAGUCACCGCUGUCCUGCUUACCCCCGACAACAACCUUCUUAUCACUGCAAGUCGAGAUCGCACUGUAUGCUUCUGGAACGUACACAAUGGGCGCUUUCUUCGUGCUAUUGAGCACGAGAAGCCUGUUAUCGCACUCAGCCUAAGUCCUGACGGCUUAACUCUGGCGAGCGGGUCGAACGGCGGGGCAAUUCGAUUCUGGCACGUCGACUCCGGCUCCGAGUCUUCCUUGGCUUCACACGUUCAAAUUCCCGAUGAAGCAAACAUAUUAUCUCUUUCCUUUCACCCUGAUGGCUCUCGUAUACUUGCAGCAUCGUCCGACAACGCAGCGCGAAUAUGGUGUUUUCCCAGUGGCGAAGAGGUGCUUGCAGUAAACCACGACCGCCGCGUGAACUGCGUGCAGUACUCUUCCGAUGGACUUGUUUUCCUCACUGCAUGCGAUGACAAUCAUGUUCGUAUCUGCGACGCAGAAUCUGGUGAAGUUCUCCGUUCGCUUAAGCAUGACCGCGACAUCCGUGCGGCUUCUUUCUCUCCUGAUGGCACGAGGAUUGCGAGUGCGACGCAAUCAGGAUGCAUCAGAAUUUGGGAAACAGAGAGUGGAAAGCUGUUACUAGGGAAGUCAAUGGACAAUAGCGACGAAGAAUCUGCAAAAGAUCAAGGAAAAUCCACCCGACGUGAGGCUGGAGCACACGAAAGUGUAGAAAGUUUCAAGCUCCCCGCAACGACCCAAAGGCGUAGACCGCGCCGCGAUCAUGACCAUGAUGCACGCCAAUCAAACGUCGUCCGAGAUUCCUCUCGCCCAGGAAAGACCGAACCAUUGGCGCAACGCCAUACACGCGGUACUCGCGGGAUGAAAUCCCUGUUCAAGAGAAUCACCAGCCGAAAUUCCUCCACAAAUGAGGGCAAUAAGCGUUCGCUAAGUUUACGCCGCAUGGUGUCAGUACCGGUCGCUCGGGCAAAAGAGCGCCUUGCUGGAGUUGUGGACCCAGAGGGUGACGAAGCAGAUACAGAAUCCAACGAUGAAGAAAACGAUGAUGAGAACGCCAACCAGCCUCCAGCACCAGACCAGCCUACACAUCGUGGUGAUACCAGUUCCACGGAAGAUGUUUCCACCUGCUUGUGCAUCCCCUCAAAACGCAAGUAGCGAAUUUCAUUUGUCUCAGUCGAUUACCUCAUCUUUGGACCUCGAUGUCGCCACGGGCAGCGCACAUUUUGGUGAUUUAUCCAAGACAAAAGUUCUCUUUCCUGAAUCCAAGAACGUAUGCAACGAAGACACGGUGAAAUAAUGCGCUAUUUACAGUUUGAAUAUACAACCCACGAGAUCAUCCACAGCACAGUCUAUCAAGCGAU